GAAGAGGUAAACACGCUACGCCAGUUAGUAGCAAUGGAGACUCUUCGGUGGAAGUGCAGUUGCUUACACUCUUCCCUCGCCCGCUCCCUCCUCCUCUGGGCCCGCAAGAGAUCCUUCAUCCUCCUCGUGUGUGGCGGGAUCCUGCUCCUCCACUUUUGGGUCGGCUUCCCGAGGAGGAUAUUCAAGAGGAUAUACCUCGACGAUCGGAUAUUCGGAGGAGACGAUGGAUCCGCGGAGGAAAGCUAUGACGCCACACAGAGGCUUUUGGACAGGAAGGAGGACCUUUUGCGAAAAUGCAGUGAGAUGGAAGAGAAACUGGAAGAUAGGAGGGAGGAUACCAUUUUCAGAAGUAUGCUUAAAUCGAAAUUGUUAUAUAACGCUGAAUACAAACUGAUGGUCUGUGUGGUUGCAAAGGCCGGAGCGAGCACGUGGAGGAGGCACAUGCUGAGUCUCCUGGGACUCGACGACCAGGAUAUGCUUCACGCCAAAAAAUAUGCAAAAUUAAUCGAAGCAAAUCAGAUGUUAACCCACCGCGAGAUGCAAGAUGUCAUGCUCAAUCCUCACACGACGUGGGUUAUGAAUACGAGGCAUCCGCUGGAGCGCCUUGUGUCCACCUACAGGGAUAAAUUCGAGGACGGAAAUGACCCAGAAGAAGAGAGGUUGAUCGAGUACGUGAGAUGGGCGAAGAGAGAAGUCAACAGCAGCAUAACCUUCCAGGAGUUCCUUCACGCUGUCGUAUUGGAUAACGAGUGGAACGGCAGGACGGGCAUGUACUACCACCUGCGGCCGAGUAGCACUAUCUGCAGCCCCUGUACUCUCUCCUACGAUUACAUCAUCCGCGCCAAGACCUUCUCCGAUGAUCUGAAUUGUAUCGCCAGCAAAUUACAGCUGGGAGGAAUCGAUCCUGCUCUGCGAGUGAAUAACAAGUCGGCCGGGUCACGUUCUGCGACGUACAGGGAGUAUUAUAACGGCAUUCCUCCCGAGCUGCUGCGGGGAAUCUUUUUCAUUUAUGAGGAGGAUUUCUUUCUCUUCGGCUUCGAUUUGCCGCCUUUCUUGCUGGUGGCUUUACGGGAGUGGUGAAAGUGUGACUGUGUAAAGCCAUGUAGUAUGUCUACAUAUGUGAUAAACAAUAACUGGUCUGGUUAUAUUUGUUUUGUUAUGAAAUAUACUGAGAGUUAGAGUUGGUAUUAUCGCUUAGAAACAUUCUAUUUGAAACCAAAUGUAGCUUGCAAACAACAAAUUAUUUGCCAAAAUACCAUGUGCCACUUAUAAGAUAUAUAUGUUUGUUGAAAAUAAAAUAAAAGGAUAUAAGUCCUA